AUGCUUACCAACAUUAGUACGGAAACCAACAGUGGUGCAUUCAAAAUCUGCGUGGACGGCUACACGUACAGCCACACGUGCGACCUCUACCGCAACAUCUGCUACUGCCGCGAGGGCGAUCCGCGUUGUGGCGACGAGCGCUACUUCAACGGCCACCGAGCGGACAGCGACUCCAUCAUCCGCUACUUCGCCGAAUGCCAGGAGCUCACCACCAAAUGCAACUGGGCCGUUCAGCAACGCUACUUCAAGUAUCAGUUCAUCUUGUGGCUCCAACAGCUUCUGCGCUCAACGAACUACGGCACUGAUCCGCGCAACGUGCUACUGCGUCCGCGAUCGGAGCACGACUGGCUGGCGUUGGAUAGUCUCUUGGCUAAGCAGAUCGGUCGUAAUGGUGAGAACGCUGGGCCAAUUCUCAGCUUUGUUUUCUGCGAACUCGAUGUCGAUAAGAGCGGCAUGAUUGAAGAGAGGGAGUUGGCAAUGCUGACGCAGGUCGCUCUGCCGACACUGGCUUGCCUGGAGAUCUUCCUUGGAAAUUGCAUCAGCGGUCGAACAAUUAGCCGCGAUGCUUGGUUCAACUGCUUCGAGAUUGAUUCGCGUAAGCCCUCGCUUUUCUCUUUUAUGGCUGAAGUUAUGUGUGAAACUUGUCUUAGUGCUAUCCACUUGUAUUAUCCUCCUUGA